AUGAUUGACAACCCUACAGCCGGAAUCCGGUCCCGAUGCAACAACAUGGUCACAUCUUGCUUCCUCAACGCUAUCUCAAAAGAGAUAUCUGAUAGUCUUCUCUAUCUCGAGAGUGCCCAUGCUAUUUGGGCAAAUCUACACGAACGCUUCCAUCAAAGCAAUGCUCCACGAAUUUUCCAAAUCAAGCAACAACUACAUGGUUUCUCACAAGGCUCGCUUAAUGUUAAUACCUAUUAUACUCAAUUGAAGAUUCUCUGGGAUGAACUCAAAAACUAUCAACCAAUUCCCGUCUGCCACUGUGGAGGUAUGAAAGCUUGGAUGGAUUAUCAACUGCAGGAGUAUGUGAUGCAAUUUUUAAUGGGUUUGAAUGAAUCUUAUGCUAGCACAAGAGGCCAAAUUCUGAUGCUUGAUCCGCUCCCACUUGUGGCGAAAGUAUUCAAUCUUGUUGUUCAAGAAGAAUGCCAAUGGUCUAUUGGAUCUAGGUCCUCCGCUCCAUCGGAUUCCAUGGCGUUCAAUGCCUCUUCUCAGGCUCUUUCUGUAGCUACUGCAUCAUCUCACAAAAGCCCAGAUGUGAACGCCCAAUUUUCACCCAUUGUGGGCUCACAGGGCAUACAGUAG